UACCCGCUGAAUGGUGUGUCGAUCGAUCACCUCAUCCCCUGAUAAUGUGUGGGAGAAGAAGAAAACAAAAUGGUUGAUAAGCGAGGGAUCCAGGAAAGUAAUGGGGAUUCACUUGGUACAUUCGUAUCACAGAUCCUCUUUGUUCAAUCUCUUAUACAGACAAACGAAAGCUUCAUCGGUUGUCAGCUACUCCAGAGCUCUCGUUAGGUCCUUGCAGCUCAAUCAGAUAAAAGGUUCCAUUUUCGCCCGAAUCGAUCGAUCGGCUCAAGCUUAAUUUUCCCAAAAAUGACUCAGACAACGGAUCAGUCCAGUGCUCACACUGCCAAUGGACAGACUGGAGAGUUCCAUGUUCUACUCGUCGGUGCCGGUUUCGCCAUGUUCGGGACUACCGAGGGACCCUGGAACAUUGCCAAGCGAUUGGAAGGUCGAUUAGGUAGUCGAUUGGUCGUCGAUGCCAUUAUCGAAGUGGAUCCCUCCAAGGCCGAAGCUGCCCUCGCGAAGAAACGAGACACCCCAGCGCACGCGUCUUACAAAUCUACCAAGGUUUUCCCUGAUGUCGAUGCAUAUGCUUCGGCCGUCUCUGGCGGAUCUCUUCCAAUUCCGAAGGCGAUUUGCGUUGCGACUCCUCCUGCCGUCCGAGGAGGGAUGUCUGAGCCUCGAGAUCUCGAGCUCAAAAUCAUCAAGCACUUCCCCGAAGCAAACAUCUUCCUUGAGAAACCCGUUGCGACCGGUGCGCCGUGGGAGAAGUCUGUCGGUGAGGCAAAGGAAGUCGGUAGGAUUUUGCGAGAGCACAAGGGUAUCAUCUCGGUCGGAUACGUUCUCCGAUAUUUGCGAGCGGUUCAAACCAUGAAGAAGAUCAUCGAGGACAACAAUCUUCACGUCAUGGCCACCUUUGCUCGAUGGAUCAUGGCUUAUCCUCCUGGCAUCAAGCUUGAUUGGUGGAACAAGGCGAUCCUUCAAGGUCCAGUCAUUGAGCAGGGGACCCAUGUCUGUGAUCUUUCGCGUUACUUUGGAGGUGACAUCAACGUCGAGACUUUGAGCGCCUCGGCUGUCGAGUGGUACGAGAAGCCAGGAAACUUGUCUCAGAUCCAGAUCGACGAGAGCAAGAUCCCAGAGGAUUCUCGUAUACCCCGAUUCACUUCUGCCUCUUGGAAAUACAAGAGCGGCGCCGUGGGAUCCAUGAUGCAUGGAGUCGCACUUCAAGGUACCAAUGAUUCGAUCGAGCUUCAGGUCUUCGCUGAUGGAUACCAAAUGAUCCUUUCGGACCCCUACGGAAGUCCUGAGCUCAGGAUCCGAUCUCCUGAUUCCGACGAAUCUCAGAUCAUCUCCACUGCUGGAGAUGAUCCCUACCAGACUGAGAUGAACCACUUUAUCGAUGCGAUCGAGGGCGGUGGCGACCCCUCGAUCUUGUCUUCGUACGAGGACGCUGCACAGACUUACGAGUUCACUUGGGCCAUCCGACUUGCUUCCGAAGCCAACUCGGACAAACAAAAGGCACUCUACAACGAGAAGGGCUCGGCCUAGCGGUGCAAGGUCUCGAUUGAAGAGCGUUGAAGCACCUCACAGCAUGGCCACGGAAAGGGACGGUCUCACUCGACAGAAAAAUACGGAGAUUGGAUGCAUUGAUCGAUGCACAGCUGAGUGCUAGUCCUCGUCGAAAUCAUACACCUUUCCCUCAAUGCCGUGCAAUUCGUCAAACAUGGCUUGAAUAACAGGUCCGGCCAAAUGC